AUGUGAUACUUUUGUAAUAAAUCGGACAAUGGCUAAAUCGAACAAAGACUGCUUAUCUUAUAGGGAUACACUGGACACGUCUGUACGGCUUAGGUACGACAACAAACUAAAAUUAAUUGAUGGUAAUGAUCCGUAUGAACUAAAGAAUUGGUCAGACAAUGUGGACAUUUUGCCAGGUAUAACAUACAUGGACAUUGUGAAUUAUCUUUUAUUUACUCCAAGUGCAUACACUGCUGAUGAUUUGAAAAGUUAUAAAGGACUCGACGCCUACAACCAAUUUGUAUGUGGAUGGGUUAGAGAGAGAACUGCCAUCGGAUUUGAAGAACAAGUUUUAGUAACUGCAAAGGUUCUUCAUUCACAAAGAUUGAGGGAAAAACCGCUGCGACCAUGGGUAAUUUCACAUAAAGAUGGUGUUGUCAAGGGCACCCAUUGUACAUGCAUGGCCGGCCUCGGAGAAGCGUGUACCCAUAUUGCGGCUCUGCUGUUUUCCAUAGAGGCCACUGUACGGAUACGGAAUUCAGCAACUGUGACUGAAAGGCCUGCCUACUGGAUGUUGCCAGCAGCCAUAAAAAAUGUGCCGUAUAGCCAGCUUACCGACAUUAAUUUUACCUCUGCAAAAGGUUUAAAAAGAAAAUUAGAUGACAAUAUUGAUCAGAUAUAUGAUACUCCACAGGCAUCAACUUCUGCGGUUUGUUCAAAGCUUCUUCCACCGUCACCACAUGAACUGGACACCCUCUUCAAAGAACUGCACUCGACAGGAACAAAACCAGUUCUGUUGGCUACAAUUGAGCCAUACUCAAACUGGUAUAUUCCAAAACCUAUAACAUCAUCGUUUCCCCAGAUGUUAACCGACUUGAAAGAUGACAGCUGUAUGAACAUGGAGUAUACAAAGUUACUCGAACUCUGUGUUAAUAUCAAAGUACAAACAAGUCCUGACCAAGCAAAGGAAGUAGAGAUUGCCACCCGUACGCAGUCUCAAUCAAAACUGUGGCAUCGAUUCAGGGCAGGAAGGAUAACGGCAUCAAAUGCCAAGUCGGCAUGCAACACCAAUGUUUUGAAUCCAGCUAAAAGCCUGGUGAAGACCAUAUGUUAUCCAGAAUCGUCAACAUUUUCUAACGAAGCUACUCGGUGGGGAUGCAAGCAUGAAAAAACUGCAAAGGCAGACCUUCUUGAGAAAAUGGCCCCAUUUCACGAAAAUUUGAAAAUCGAGGAUAGUGGUUUUAUUAUUAGCACCGACUUCCCACACCUUGGAGCUUCACCGGAUGGGGUAGUAUCCUGUGACUGUUGUGGGAAGUUCUGUUUAGAAAUAAAAUGUCCAUUUUCAGUCCGAGAGAAUUCCUUGGACAAAUGCUGUGACCCAAAGUUCUUCUUAGGAAAAAACGACAAUGGCAUUAUACAACUGAAGAGAGAUCAUGCAUACUUCUACCAGGUACAGACUCAGUUGGGAGUAACAUCAUUGGGGACAUGUUUUUUUGUUGUAUGGACAAAAUGCGAUUUGCAUGUGGAACUGAUCACUUUUGAUCCAGAGUUGUGGCAGGUUAUUUGUAGCAAAACACACUGUCUAUUUCAGAGGGCAAUUUUACCUGAACUGGUGGGUAAAUACUAUUCAAGAAUGACGACAGACAAUGCUUUAAUACCAUCAAAUACAACAACUGACACACAGGGUCAAUGCAGUACAUCUGAGGAAACGUGGUGCUACUGUGAUCAAGUUGAAUCUGGGUUCAUGAUCUGCUGUGACAACGAAAAUUGUGACAUUCAGUGGUUUCAUUAUCUGUGUAUUGGAAUGGAGAAAGCGCCCAGGGGGAAAUGGUUUUGCAGAGAAUGUCGGAAAUUGCCUCAAUUUGUUAAAAAAAUUCACUAAGACAAAAGAAUCCGAAUAUGCAAAUAUAACAAAUAUACCUUACACAUUUUGUUCACUUGUACCAUAUCCCAACUAGUGCUGUAUUGUCCAGUCUGGUUAAAGUACAUAUAUAAAAGAGCACUAGCUGCCACUCAACAGCAAGGCUCGAAAUUCAUUGUGUGAUAUAAGAAGCAAAUAUUAGAAAAUUAAAAUUUACUUUUACUUUUCAGUACAUGAUGUACUGCCGGUCAGCAUAUUGUGUAUUUUGAGUGGUUAUUGCAUAUUGCUCCAUGUCAGUUUCGAACCCUGUUUCAGUGAAAACGUCAUGGAACAUUUGACAGUAAAUUUGUUUUGUUUUGAGAUAUUUUAUUGAUCAAAAAAGAAUCAAAAGGAUUGCACAACAGGCAGAGCCUAUAUAAGUGCUCUCCUAAACAAGAUGGGCAUUGGACAAUAUUCAUAAUCAUAUAUAUCUAAAGCAUAAUAACAAUGUCUAAUGGCAUAAAAUAUGUACAAUAGUAAAUAUGACUUAUUUAUCAGAUUACAUAUAUUUUACAAAUAAAUGUUAUAAAUUACUACAGACAUGUACAUAGUUUUUCA